AUGUUGUCUCGUUACAAUCGUUUUGGAGAUCCAUUUUUCGAUGAUCCCUUCUUCAGCACCUCUCUCAUGCGUCCAUGGACAGGUUUUGGAGGUGAUUUAAUGGGCACCAGUGGCACCAUGAUGAACACCUUCAAUCCAGCCACAGACAUCUCAGAGACAGAUAAAGCUAUUUGCCUGAGAUCAAAUCUACCUGGCUUGAGAAAGGAAGAUAUUCGUAUUGAUGUGGAUGAUCAGAAUAGAACAUUGACCUUCUCUGGUGAAACUCAUUCUGAAAAGACCGAUGAGAAUGAAGUCUAUCAUAGAACAGAGAGAUCAUGGGGUAAAUUCUCGAGAACAUUCCGUCUUCCACAAAAUGUUGAUUUGGAUAAUAUUAAGGCAAAUAUGGACAAUGGAGUGUUGAAGAUUAAUAUUCCAAAAAUGGAGCAACAACAACAAAAACAAACUCGUUCCAUUGGGGUCGAGUAA